GUGACUCCACGCCGCUCGCCCACUGGAAUAUCAGCCCGUGUGCCAAGUGACGGAUUUUACGCGCACGCACCGCCGUUCGGUUUUCCGAAUUUGAAGGGGACACCGCGGCAGCGGGAGAUACCUUUUGCCAUGACUGUGGAAUUAAUAAAAAUGUUGUGCCUGGUAACAGCGGUUUUCGCGAUGGAAGAAACGCUGAUGGACACCCGGACAGCCACAGCAGAGCUCGGGUGGACGGCGUACCCUUCUUCAGGGUGGGAGGAAGUAAGUGGCUACGAUGAGAACCUGAACACCAUCAGAACAUACCAGGUGUGCAACGUCUUCGAAUCCAACCAGAACAACUGGCUGCUCACCACGUUCAUCGCCCGUCGCGGCGCUCAUCGGAUCUAUGUGGAGAUGCGGUUUACUGUACGGGACUGCAGCAGCAUCCCGCGGGUCCCGGGAUCGUGUAAGGAGACCUUCAACCUCUACUACUAUGAGACGGACUCCGUCAUUGCCACCAAGGGAACGGCGUUCUGGAUGGAGGCCCCGUAUUUAAAGGUGGACACCAUUGCGGCGGACGAGAGCUUUUCCCAGGUGGAUUUUGGCGGAAGGCUGAUGAAAGUGAACACGGAGGUGAGAAGUUUCGGGCCGCUGUCCAAAAAUGGCUUUUACCUGGCGUUUCAGGACUAUGGGGCGUGCAUGUCCUUGCUGUCCGUACGUGUGUUUUAUAAGAAAUGUCCCAGCGUGGUGCAGAACUUUGCCAUAUUUCCUGAGACCGUGACAGGGGCGGAAAGCACCUCACUGGUGAUCGCUCGUGGAAUGUGCAUCCCGAACUCUGAGGAAGUGGACGUGCCGAUAAAGUUGUACUGUAAUGGUGAUGGAGACUGGAUGGUUCCGAUUGGAAGCUGCACCUGCAAGGCCGGGUUCGAGCCGGACAAUGGGAACAUCUGUCGAGCUUGUCCUCCAGGAACAUUCAAGUCCAGCCAGGGGGCGGGUUUAUGUCUUCAGUGUCCAUCCAACAGCAGGUCCACAUCUGAAGCAGCAACCAUCUGCGUCUGCAGGAACGGCUAUUACAGAGCAGACGGAGAACAGCCAGACACGCCCUGCACCAGUGUUCCAUCUGGGCCAAGGAACGUCAUAUCCAUCGUGAACGAGACAUCGGUGACCCUAGAGUGGCAUUCCCCGCGCGAGACAGGAGGGCGCGACGACGUUGUUUACAAUAUCGUAUGUAAGAAAUGCCAAGCUGACCUGCGGUCAUGUUCUCACUGUGAUGACAAUGUGGAAUUUGUGCCCCACCAACUGGGGCUCACCGAAACCAGAGUCUUUAUCAGUAACCUUCUGGCACACACGCUCUACACGUUUGAGAUCCAGGCUGUGAACGGCGUCACCAACAAAAGUCCGUACCCUGCCCAGCACGUCUCCAUUGACAUCACAACAAACCAGGCUGCUCCCUCCAUCGUUCCCAUCAUGCAUCAGGUCAGCUCUACGAUGAAAAGCAUCACGUUGUCGUGGCCGCAGCCUGAACAGCCCAACGGGAUCAUCCUCGACUAUGAGCUAUGCUACUAUGAGAAGGAUUUAUCAGAGGUGAACUCGACGCAGGUGAGGAGUCAGACAAACACGGCUCGUGUGGAUGGACUGCGCUCAGGCACCGUGUACGUCAUGCAGGUUCGCGCCAGGACGGUCGCCGGGUUCGGCAAAUACAGCAACAAAAUGUGUUUCCAAACCCUCACAGAUGACGACUAUAAAUCAGAGCUGAGGGAACAGUUGCCGUUGAUUGCGGGCUCCGCCGCGGCUGGAGUGGUCUUCAUUGUGUCUCUGGUGGCCAUAUCCAUAGUCUGUAGCAGAAAACGGGCGUACAAUAAGGAGGCCAUAUACAGCGACAAGCUACAGCACUACAGCACCGGCAGAGAACUGACUCUGAGACCUGAUCUGUCAAAUUGCCAUACGCCCAUGGGCUGCCCGACCCUGCCUGGCUCUCCUGGGAUGAAGAUCUACAUCGACCCUUUCACCUAUGAGGACCCGAAUGAAGCCGUGAGAGAGUUUGCCAAAGAAAUCGAUGUCUCGACAGUCAAAAUCGAAGAAGUUAUUGGGGCAGGUGAGUUUGGGGAAGUCUACAAAGGUCGACUCAAACUGCCCGGGAAACGAGAAAUCCACGUCGCCAUCAAAACUCUAAAGGCGGGCUAUUCUGAAAAGCAGAGGCGGGACUUCCUGUCAGAGGCGUCAAUCAUGGGCCAGUUCGACCACCCCAACAUCAUUCGUCUGGAGGGCGUGGUCACCAAGAGCCGGCCCGUCAUGAUCGUCACAGAAUUCAUGGAGAACGGAGCUCUUGACUCCUUCCUUAGGCAAAAUGAUGGGCAGUUCACAGUGAUCCAGCUGGUGGGGAUGUUGAGGGGUAUCGCAGCUGGAAUGAAGUACCUGUCAGAGAUGAACUACGUCCACCGAGACCUCGCCGCCCGCAACAUCCUGGUCAACAGCAACCUGGUGUGCAAAGUCUCCGAUUUCGGCCUGUCCCGCUAUCUGCAAGAGGACACCUCCGAUCCCACCUACACCAGCUCGCUGGGUGGAAAGAUCCCUGUCAGAUGGACCUCACCGGAAGCAAUCGCAUACAGGAAGUUCACCUCUGCUAGUGACGUGUGGAGUUAUGGUAUCGUCAUGUGGGAGGUGAUGUCCUUCGGCGAAAGGCCCUAUUGGGACAUGAGCAACCAAGAUGUGAUCAAUGCUAUAGAGCAGGACUACAGACUGCCGCCCCCUAUGGACUGCCCGACUGCUCUCCACCAGCUGAUGCUCGACUGUUGGCAGAAAGAUCGGAACGCUCGGCCGCGCUUCACAGACAUCGUGAACACGCUCGACAAACUCAUCCGCAACCCAACCAACCUUAAAGCAGUCGCUAGUAUACCCACAAUUCCAUCCCAGCCUUUGUUGGACAGAUCCAUUCCCGACUUUACCACCUUCAGUUCUUUAGAGGACUGGCUGAGCGCCGUUAAGAUGUCUCAGUAUAGAGAUAACUUCCUUAACUCGGGCUUCACGUCACUUCAGCUCGUCACCCAGAUGACUUCAGAGGACCUGCUGAGGAUAGGUGUGACUCUGGCCGGCCAUCAGAAGAAAAUCCUCAACAGCAUUCAGUCCAUACAUCUGCAGAUGGCACAGUGCCAGACGGACACUGCGCUGGCAUGACUACAGGGGGCGCCGGACGACGGGCCGGGCAGCCUGCGGGAGAUUUACCAGCGGGUGAGCCCAAUCCCAUCGGAGCGCGGCAGAAUAGAGACGAUCAUCCUGAUCUGAGAAUGUUUCAGAAGAAACAUCGCAAUUCCAUAUCCAACAGACCGGACCAAACCGGGACUCGUCGGGAUUCAGAGGACGUCUGUUAACAUGUUGGCUAAGACCAGGAAACAGGAAGUCCCCUUCACUGUCUGUUUAACUCCUCUGACUAGAUUUAGAGGGAAAUCCCAAGAAGCCGACGAUUUUGGUCUCCGUCUCGUCACUGUAGUUUUGGUCUCGGACACACAAUCUACUUUUUCGUUAUUGUCAACUGUUCAAAUACCAACUAUUCAAGUUAUGUUCUCUGGUUCCAGACGUGUUUGUUCUAUCACUUCUGCUUCCCACUAUCUCGGAAUGGCUGACAUUGCCAAAGGACAUCCUGUAUGCCUGCUUCCCACCCCCCGGCCAUACGAGCGUAAAUGAUGUAUAUCUUUAAACAAAUGCAUAUAUCUUCAGAGUAAACCUUCAUAUUGAAGGUGAAGUGGAACGGACUUGUAUGUAUAUACCCACUUCUUUCACUUGCAUUUUUGGCAAUGUUGCUUACCGAACGGACCAGAACUGCCCGCGAGGCGUCUCGCGAUUCUGGAAGGCGUCGGGCGUGAUGCUACGAGUGUGAUCUGGGAUGAACUCUGACUCUUUGUCUAUGUUGUGUAAAUAUCAGUUAGUUGUAUAUAAAAUAGCGACAAAAGAAAUACCUUAGGUGAAAAAAGCUACGCAUUCAGGCCACUAAACGAAGCAGUGUUUAUUGUAGGUGUUCCCAUGCUCCCGAGCACUUACGUGUACAGCUUUUCUUUCUUCAACCUCUUCUAGUUGUUCUUGUUAGUUUUGUGUCAGAGUGUUUGAAUGCGUCGACUAGCGUUGGGUAGGCCACCCGAACUAGCUAGUUCACUUAAAUGUAGUUCCACUGUUAAUAAGCUGUACUAAUGUUGGUCUAACAGGGUCUUUAAAACCGCUAAUCUGUUUUCCAAACACGUGUUUACAUAAGCGAACCGAAAGGUCACGGACAGGUAAUAGACAGACGCGGAGCUAGCUACGUGCGCGGGAAACCACCGAUCAGACCGAGUUGCUCUCUCAGCUUCAGAUAUUUCUUGACAUUGUUAAAUGCGGUAUGUGUUCUCCGUUCCAUCAGCUCUCCAAUUAUUUGCGUGCAUGUCUGGAUUGAACAUCUGUGUGACCCUUUAGGAACAGAUGUCUAACACCACCCCAUUGAGCACAUUAUACUUAUCCAGUGAAUGAAACGCUCUCUUCGCACACAUGGAUCGUUCCCACAUUUGGGACCUUUCUCCGUUCAUAUUUUUGGUUGCCAUGGAGAAAAAAUAUUUUUUGUUAACUGCUUUACCUUUCAUUAAUCUGUUGAAGUUUAUGUAUGUGGCUUGCAUUGUAGACCUGCCAACUGUCCCCAUGAGAAAAACUGCUUAGUUAACAUAAAUUAUGUAUAGAUGAAAACCUAAAACUACAUAAAGGUGUGUGAGAACUAGGUUUAGGGUGAUUAAAGUAUUUUUAUCUCCGCAUAAUACAUUAGAAAACAGUGGCCAAUGAGCAUGCAUGCGGUGUGUGUGUGAUGAAUUAGCCGCUAUGUUGUCUGUAAGUUAAUGAGUCUCAUGGUUUAUGGUUAUUGUCUAAGAGCAACAUACACACAUAAUCCAUCAUGCAGAUGUACCCGAGGUGUUACACCUAAUUGGCCACAAUGAAUUUCACCAUGGCAACCAAAGAGCGUAUUGGUUCUUUGUUAAAGAUGACACCAUUUCUGCAGCUUCUGUCAAUAGCUCUUACCUUUGGACAAGCACACACAAACAUAACAUGCACGCACACACACACUUACAUUAAUUGUUCUGCAACUUGUGUUCCUUUUCUAAAAUUAACCAUGGUUUUACUACAGUUUAAACAAAAAAAUAACUUGGUUACUGUAGUUAAAGGGAUUGUUCACCCAAAAACUACAAUUUGCUGUUUAUUUACUCACGCUCAGGCCAUCCGAGAUGGAGGUGAUAUUCUUUCUUGAGUAGAACCAUAAAGAAGAUUGUUUGGUAAAUCCGCAGCCCUCUUUGCUUCAUAUAAUGGGAGUCUAUGGGGUCCACCUGUCCAAGAGUUCCUAAAGCACAUUAUUCCAAAAAAUGGACUCAACACUCCCUUUCUGCAGGUGGUGCUAAAGGCACCAGAUAAUGGCAUGCCAUCCGACACCAAAUACUUUAAUAAAAUCGCGUUUGGCACACUAUGACUAAUAUUAUUAAAAAUGACAUUUAGUUAUAUGAAAAUAUAGAACGAUUCGUUUCAUAAAACGUCAACAUGUCCCUUUUGAAUUAUGUGUUUUAGGAACUCUUAGACAGGUGGACCCCAUAGACUCCCAUUAUAUGAAGGAAAGAGGGCUUCGUUUUGUUCUUGUAAAUUUGCAGACUUUUUCUGUAAUUUGACUGGUUCUUACAGUUUUCCCAAAAAAUACGUAAAUUAAAAUUCUGUAAAAUGACAGAUUUGUACAGACACAUAGAAAAUCUGUUAAAAAUAACAGUAAAAUUCUCUAAAUUACAGUUUUUUUACUGAAUGGUUAACACAAAAUCACAGUUGCUAUCGUAAAAUCAUGGUUUUGCCAAUAGUAAUCAAUACAGCAAAAAAACAUGGUUACUCCAAAUUCACCACAAAAACCAUGGUUCAUUUUUAAAAGACUUGUAUUACAUAAAAGAAAAGUGCAUUUAAUUCUCUAUAUAAAAACGGUGGAUAAAUUCCAGUUGUGUUCCUCUUUUAUAUAAAUGUUAGCACAACAUUAAAAUGUCUCUUCGUGUGCCGCUGUGUAAACCACCAGAAGCGGCUCAAUUAAUGCUCACUAAGUAUCUCCGCCCUGUGCCGCUCGUGGCUCGCGUCCAGCUCGUUCGCUGUGGGGGCGUAACCAAACUGUCCGGCGUCCCGCCGUAUGGCCUCGCUGAAAAAUGGCUGACUCGCUCACAUCCCCAUGGACAAGCUGGGGAAGGCGGGGCCUACCGGCUACCUGCUGACAUACCAAACAGACUGCAGAAAAUGGUGAAUGAGCUGGGGUGAGUGAGAACAAAAGACCGAUACGAGAGGAGGAGACUGUAGCCAGUCCAGGGCAUGAAAGGGAGCAAGCUGAAAAAUGGAAAAUCAUCUGUGCACAUUAUUCCAUAAAAAAAGAAUGCAAAGGGGAUUUGGUUCUUAUGACAAUUGACAUAGUGUUGAUCAUCAUUUAAUCUGAAUAGCUGCUCUUCACUGUCUGCACAUAAAGCACUACUAAAGCAUUUCAGAUGCAAUAUGUGGUUUAUAUUUCCAUAUGUACAUUAACAGAUUGUUUGUAAGGAGAAUGUGUCCUUUCCACCAUGUCUCUCUUCAAUUAUUUAAGUGUUCUUGCUCUUUAUGUUGAAAAACUCCACCAGAACGAAAGCGUUAGCCUGCACCAUCGAAAUCUAGGUGUUUUUCAGGGGCGUUCAAAAAAAGAAACGGCCAGCGGAAAUGAUUCCAGUCUAAUUUUAUCGCUCCUUGCCUGGAGUGUCGACACAUUCUGGAAUCUUGUGCAUAGUUGGCAGAGGAUCAACGACGAUGCCGUUACCGUGCCAACUGAAGUCUGAGCCGUGUCUGAGCAUGCGUUCACGAGCACUGCUCAGACUUCACAAGCACAAACAAAAAACGUGUUCGGAGCAAACAAAAGCAUCGUCUGGAACUGCCUGUAGGAACGGGCCUGUGACUUUUUAGCAGUUUCUCUUUACUGCGCUUUAAACGAAACGUUCAUGACGAAGUGAUGGAGCAUUACUUUUGGCAACCGAGUAGGAAAGAGAGAAAGGCAAAAGGUUUGAGAGAGAGGGAGAUCGAGAGAGAGUGAACUGUUGAUGAAACUAGCAUGGCAUGGAUUCUAGCUCGCACUGUUCUGUAGAUACUGAAAGAAGGAAAGGCCCCCACCCCGCCAAGGCUAUAUAGUUACCACUUGUUUCUUGUGAUGAGUAUGUCAGAGUUUAAAACUGUAACUUUCUGAAAACUAUUGUACUGAAAUGCACUCAAUAAAGACCUUGGAA